CAAACUUUGGAAAAAGUGAUUGUGAGGAUUGUGCAGGUGCUUAAUGAAGCAGUUUCGACGUCCCCACCACCCGCUCCGUCCCCCAAAGGCGGCGAGAUGGCGGAACGAGGCGAGGCUCUCCAGGGGGUCACGUGGUGUGCAGCCCAGCCGCGGCCGCCGCGUUGCAUUGUGGGAGAGGAGCGCGCCCAGCAAAAAUGGAGGCGUCGCCGGCGUGAUUGAUGCGAGUGACCCUCGGCCAGGUCCGCAUGAACCUCCGCCGGCAGCCCUGAGCCAGAAGCCCCAGGGAGAUGACGAACGAGUCGGGGGCAGACAAGGAGGCGCGCAGGGGCAAACUCUCUCCCGGCGACACCCGCCACACCCUCCAUGGGGCCGCGGGAGACAGGUGCCACUCCUCCGCGCCCGCGCAGCCCUCACACUCCGCCUCAGCCUCCGCCGCGCCCGCUGCCAUGUUCCCCUACCCGAGCCAGCACGGAGCCGCCUUCUCCAUCGGCGGCGCCCCCGGCCGCUACGUGCACGCCCACCACCACCACCACCCGGUGCUGGCCAACGGAGCUUACAGCGGCCUGCUGGGCGCCUCGCCGCCGCCCGCCUACCCGCCGGCCGCCGGCUACCCGUCGUACGCGCCGCAGUACGGACACGCGUACCAGGGCGCCGCCUUCUACCAGUUCUCCCCGGCCCAGGCGGCGCCCGGCAAGGCGCAGGUCUACCUGUGCAACCGGGCCCUGUGGCUCAAGUUCCACCGGCACCAGACGGAGAUGAUCAUCACCAAGCAGGGGAGGCGGAUGUUCCCCUUUUUAAGCUUCAACAUUUCCGGCCUGGACCCGACGGCUCACUACAACAUUUUUGUGGACGUGAUCCUGGCGGACCCCAACCACUGGCGCUUCCAGGGCGGAAAGUGGGUCCCCUGCGGCAAGGCGGACACCAACGUCGUCGGGAACCGGGUCUACAUGCACCCGGACUCCCCGAACACAGGUGCGCACUGGAUGCGUCAGGAGAUCUCCUUCGGCAAGUUGAAGCUGACCAACAACAAAGGGGCCUCCAACAACACGGGCCAGAUGGUGGUCCUGCAGUCCCUGCACAAGUACCAGCCGCGGCUCCACGUGGCGGAAGUCAACGAGGACGGGACGGAGGACAGCAGCCAGCCCGCCAGAGUCCAGACUUUCACUUUCACGGAGAGCCAGUUCAUCGCCGUCACGGCCUACCAGAACACGGACAUUACGCAACUGAAAAUCGAUCACAAUCCGUUUGCCAAAGGAUUUCGGGACAACUACGACACCGUGUACACGGGCUGCGACCUGGAGCGCCUGACGCCCUCGCCGGGGGAGUCCCCGCGGGCGCAGGUCCUGCCGGGCCACCGCUACAUGGCCAGCCCCUUCCUGCAGGAGCAGUUCGUCAGCACGUACGCCAAGUCCCGCUUCCACCAUCACGGCGUGGUCGGCCCGGCGGCUGGCACGGAGCUGGCCGUGCCCCUGGGCAACAGCUUGCUGUCCGCCCCGCAGCAAAGCGAGGAGGCCCCCAUGGGCGGCCCCCCGCAGCGAUGGUUCGUGUCCCCCGCCAACAACCGACUGGACAUCGCCGCCUCGGCCUACGAGGCCGCGGACUUCGCGGGCAACGCGGCCACCUUGCUGUCGUACGCGGCGGCCGGAGUGAAGGUGCCCCUGCCCGCCGCCGGCUGCUCCAACCGGGCCCUGGGCUACUACUCGGAGACCCCUGGCUGGGGCGGGCGCUCGCCGCCUCAGUACUGCUCUGUGGGCGGCAAGGCCAGCUCGGUGUUCCCGUGCUGGGCCGCCAACUCCAUCGGCAGCAGGAGCAACUGCGUGGCCGAGGACGGAGACUCCAUGCCGGGCCUGCGCUCGCCCGUCGGCUCCGAGGACGCCGCCAAGGCCAAGGACGCCACCUCCGAGUCCAGCUGGAUCGAGACGCCGUCGUCCAUCAAGUCCAUCGACUCCAGCGACUCUGGCAUCUUUGAGGCGGUCAAACGCCGGAGACUGUCGCCGUCCUCCACCCCGCUCUCCGACACCGUGUCCCCGCUCAAGUCUGACGUCUUGACCCCCGCAGACGCCGACAAGAUCUGCCACAAGGACGCGGCGUACUACGCCUUCUAUCCCAGCUAAACACUACUCACACAUCCAUCUAUCUAUCUACAGUAUACACCUUCUAUCCCAGCUAAACACUACUCACAUUAUAAUCCAUACACCAUAUAUACAUACAUACAUACAUCCAUACACCAUAUAUACAUACAUACAUACAUCCAUACACCAUAUAUACAUACAUACAUACAUCCAUACACCAUACAUACAUCCAUACACCAUAUAUACAUACAUACAUACAUCCAUACACCAUAUAUACAUCCAUA